CCUGACAGUACAGUACUGUCAAAUGUAUGGGUUAUGUUUUGUUUACAAAGAAAGUGUGCAUUAUACGCUAAAAAUGUGUAUGUAUGGUAAAAGGACAAGAAGUGGGUUUCCUGAAAAAUCCUAGAAACACCAAUAAUAGUAAAGUAAUGAAAAUUGGAUCUCGUCAAAAAAAAGAAAACUAUAAUAAGUCCUAAUGAAAGCUGUACCUUCGCAUUGUAUUAUAGUUUUAAUUUAAUGUGUUGUGUAUUCGCAGUUUUAUGUUCAUUAAUUUAAGAUGUCUAGUACCGAUUCUGCCGAUGAAGUGACUGGCACAAAUACUGCAAAUCCUCCCAGAAAGAGGCGGAGAAUAGGACAUCUCAAUGUGAAAAUAAAGAAAGUUGUUUUAAAUGUUUAUAAAACAGAAAUUUUGAAAAAUCCAGACAUAUUUCUUGGCGAUAUUGAGGAAAGAGUAGCACAUAAAACAGGGAUAUGUAACCGCAGCGUUCGGAAUAUAAUCAAGGAAUAUAAAAUUACAGGAACUCUAUCUGCUCCAAAAUCAGUUCAAAAUCGUAGGACAACAUUCGAUUCAAUAUGCAAUUUCGAUAAAACUGCAAUAAGGGGAAAAGUCUACGACUUCUUUUUUAGGAACGAAAGUCCAUCAAUUGUUAAAGUAUUACAAGCUGUUAAUAAUGAUCCAAAUUUACCUAAUUUUAAAAAAACCACUUUUUUAAAAAUACUAAAAAAAUUAAAAUUCAAAUUUCAAAAAUGUCAAAACAGUAGCUUGUUGCUAGACAGGGAUGAAAUUAGACGUUGGAGGAGAGGCUAUUUAACCACAAUUAAAAGAUACAGAAACGAAAAUCGCAAAAUUUACUACCUUGGGGAAACAUGGAUCAAUGCAGGCCAUACAAAACCCAAAAAGUCUGUUACAUCAUCCAGACAAGCAUGUUUGGACAGCUUUUCUGUUGGAUUAAAAAAUCCGUCAGAUAAAGGGCUUAUAAUUUGCCACGUUGGCAGCGAAAAUGGUUUUCUCCCUGAUGCUCUGUGCAUAUUCGAGCUUAAAAAAAGUAGGGACUCCAACGAAAUGGACUGCCCAUCUUUUGAGAAGUGGUUUUCCAGUAUUUUACCUAAACUGGAAGCAAACUCCGUAAUCGUGCUAGAUGAUGCUCCGUAUCAUUGCAGAAAGUUGUAUAAAAUUCCCAGAACAUCCUCAAAAAAAUGUGAUAUCCAAGAGUGGCUUUAUUCAAAAAAUAUACCAUUCGACGAUACGAUGGUAAAGGCCCAAUUACUGCGUCUUGUAAAUGACAACAAGAAGCAAUAUAAUAAAUACAUCGUUGACGAAAUGGCAAAAGCGGAAAAUAAAAUUGUGUUACGAUUGCCGCCGUACCACUGCAUACUCAGCCCGAUUGAGUUCGUCUGGUCCGACAUAAAGCACUUUGUUGCAGACAAAACCUCAUUUAAAUUUGCUGAUGUUUUGCAAGAAGCGAUACUGCAUAUUACUCCAGACAAGUGGAAAAAAUGUGUUCAGUAUGUAUGGCAAGAAAUGGAGGUGAAAAUGUGGCAAAUCGAUAAUAUAAUGGAUGAAGCAAUGGAGCCUUGUAUAAACGACAUAGCAUAGACAACAGCAGUACAUCUAGUGAUUCGAAAUCCAAAUAGGUUGAUAUAGACUAAUUUAUUUACUAUUUUCGAGUUUUAUAUACCAUGGAAUAUUUUGUUUUAAUAGAA